UCGCUCCCCUGAAAAAGCUGCCAAGCAGGGAGCCGCAGACUGAGCCUGCUGCGCCCCCGGCCGCUGGAGGGACGGUGUAGGGUCGGUGGGCAGUGACUGCGGGGUGAGGGGCCGCAGCGGCCCGGCGGAGCCCGAGGCAGCGGCCGUCCUGGGAGCAUGCGGCGGCAGGAGGAGGAGUGAAGAGUAGUGGUUGCGCCUCCGCGUCGUCUUCUCCCCCCUCGCCAGGGCUUCGCUCUCACGGGCUGAGGGCGGACUCCAGGAGGAAAAUGGAGCUGUUUCCCAGCGAUCGAAUUCAGUUACCCAGGAAUAUGAUUGAAAACAGUAUGUUUGAAGAAGAGCCUGAUGUGGUUGACUUGGCAAAAGAGCCUUGUUUACAUCCCCUGGAGCAUGAUGAAGUGGAAUAUGAACCCAGGAGCUCCCGGCUCUUGGUGCGUGGCCUUGGAGAGCAUGAAAUGGACGAUGAUGAAGAGGAUUAUGAGUCAUCAGCAAAAUUGCUGGGCAUGUCCUUCAUGAACAGAAGCUCGAGUCUUCGGAAUAACAUGUCUGUCUAUAGACAAAAUCCAAAUGGAUCAUGUUUGGUGCCCUCUACAAGGACCAUGGUGGUUUGCACAGUUGUUCUUGUGGUUGCAGUUUCAUUAAUAAUGGCAAUUUAUCUUCUUCCCAAAUGUACCUUUACCAAAGAAGGCUGCCAUAAAAAAAAUCAUACAAUGGAAUUAAUAUACCCUUUGGCAACCAAUGGAAAACUAUUUCCAUGGGCAAAAAUUAGACUUCCUCCUGAUGUUGUACCACUGCAUUAUGAUCUUGUCUUGCAACCAAACCUAACUACUCUGAAAUUUGCAGGCUCUGUAAAGAUAGUGGUUAAUGUUGUCCAGGUAACUUGGAAGAUUGUACUUCACAGCUCAGGACUUAAUAUCACCAAGGCAACCAUUACUUCAACAGGAGGGCAUGAAGCAAAGCCAGUUGAAUUCCUGGAAUAUCCAUUGCAUGACCAGAUUGCAGUCAUGGCUCCUGAGGCUCUCCUUGUAGGACAGAAUUAUACUGUCAACAUAGAAUAUUCAUCUGAUUUAUCAGAUACUUAUUAUGGCUUUUACAAAAUUUCUUACAAGGAUGAGAAUUCUAAGCAAAGGUGGUUUGCAGCAACUCAGUUUGAACCUCUGGCAGCAAGGUCUGCUUUUCCGUGCUUUGAUGAACCAGCAUUAAAAGCUACUUUUUUAAUCAAGAUCAAAAGAGAUGAGAAACUUACCACUCUGUCAAAUAUGCCAAAGAAAGCCACUACUCCUGUGACAAAUGGAAUUGUUCAAGAUGAGUUUUUUGUGAGUUUGAAGAUGAGCACCUACCUAGUAGCCUUUGUUGUUGCAGACCUGAAAAAUGUCACUAGGGAAACUAAUGGGAGUCUGGUAUCUGUCUAUGCCAUACCGCAGCAUCUAAACCAAGUUGGGUAUGCCGUAAACACAGCAGUGAAACUUCUGGAAUUUUAUCAAAAAUACUUUUUAAUAAACUACCCUCUUGAAAAAUUAGAUCUGGUAGCAAUUCCUGAUUUUCAGUCCGGUGCAAUGGAAAACUGGGGCUUGAUCACCUUCCGAGAAACAACACUCCUGUUUGACAGUAAUACUUCUUCAGCAAGGGAUAAAAAGUUAAUAACUGCAGUGAUAGCACAUGAGCUUGCCCAUCAGUGGUUUGGCAACCUAGUAACUAUGGAAUGGUGGAACGAUCUCUGGCUGAAUGAGGGAUUUGCCACUUUCAUGCAGUACUUUGCGAUAGAGGAGAUUUUUCCAGAAUUACAUUCAGAUGAAGAUUUCCUUAAUUUAAUUUUCAAGGCUAUGAUGAAGGAUUCCUUGAAUUCGUCACAUCCAGUCUCUUCUGCUGUUCAGUCUUCAGAGCAAAUUGAAGAAAUGUUUGAUGCACUUUCUUAUAUCAAGGGGGCUUCACUUCUUCUGAUGCUGAAACACUACCUCACUAAGGAUGUUUUCCAAGCUGGCAUUGAGGUAUACUUGCAUAAUCACAACUAUGGAUCUGCCCAGAGUGAUGACUUGUGGGACAGCAUGAAUGAGAUUACCAAUGGAACACUAGAUGUAAAAAAGUUGAUGAAAACUUGGAUUCUGCAAAAAGGAUUUCCUUUAGUCACUGUUGUCCGAAAGGGAAAGAUUAUUUCUGUACAACAAGAGAAAUUUUUGUAUCGCGUGGAACCAGAAAAUUGGACAUCAGAUGCAAGUUAUCUGUGGCAUAUUCCUCUCACCUACACAACUAGUAGCUGCAACUUUACCCAUUGUACUAAUGCGUAUUUACUGGACCAAAAGUCAGCUGUCAUUGAACUUCCAGAAGAGGUGGAAUGGAUAAAAUUCAAUGUGGACAUGAACGGCUAUUACAUAGUACACUAUACCGAAGACUGGAAAACACUGAUCGAUCUGCUGAAAAAAACCCACACUGCUUUGAGUCCUAAAGACAGAGCCAAUUUGAUCAACAGUAUCUUCAGCCUUGCAGGUCUAGGAAAAGAGUCUCUGGAAAAGGCCUUUGAGCUGAUUGAUUACCUUAACAAAGAGAGCAGCACUGCACCACUCACUCAAGCUUUGUUUCAGCUGAGUCUUAUAUACAGCCUUCUAGAGAAAAAUGGUGAACAACAACUGGCAGCACGAGUCAUGCACAGAAUAGAGCACCUGCUUGGAGACAAAAUUGAUCAACAGCGUUGGACAGAUGAUGGGACCCUGUCUGAACGAGAGCUCCGGUCAACGCUGCUAGCUUUUGCCUGCACCCAUGAUAUGAGAAACUGUAGAACAACUGCCACUGAGAUGUUUGAGAAGUGGAUGAAGUCUAAUGGAACAAUGAGUCUGCCUAGUGAUGUUAUGAAAGCCAUAUUUACAGCUGGAGCCAAAUCUAGUGAUGGCUGGGAAUUCCUCCUAAAGAUGUACUCCUCUUCAGUUUCUGAAGCAGAGAAAAGCAAAAUGGUUGAAGCCUUGGCCAGCACAGAAGAUGUCAGAAAGCUGAUCUGGUAUGAAGGAGCCAGAAAGUUGUAUGCUGUGUAA